GUAUAUAUAAGUAAAUAAAUGACAGAGGCACAGAGCUAGGUAUGUUAGAAUGUGGCGGCGCACGGCAAUGGGAGGUGAUGAUGGGCAGGAAAGACGCGGUGGUCGUCCUCACGCCGUAAUGAUUCCAUACCCAUACCAAGGCCACGUCACCCCCUUCGUGUACCUCGCCAUCAAACUGGCCUCCACCGCCGGUUUCACCGUGACCUUCGUCAACACCCAGCACGUCCACUCCCAAAUCUCCAAGUCCCAUCAUGAAGACGGCGGCGGGGACCUGGUCUCCAUCGGGCGAAGAUCCGGGCUGGAUAUCCGGUACGUGACGGUUUCGGACGGGUUCCCGUUGGGGUUUGACCGGUCGUUGAACCACGACCAGUUCAAGGAGGGUCUUCUGCACGUGUUCUCGGCGCACGUGGAUGAGGUGGUCGGGGACCUCGCCCGCUCCGCCGACCCUCCGGUCACGUGUUUGAUCGCCGACACCUUCUUCACCUGGACGUCCGUGAUCGCCGGGAAGUACGACCUGGUUAAUGUUUCGUUUUGGACCGAGCCGGCCCUGGUGUUGUGUCUGUACUAUCACUUGGACUUGCUCAAGGAAAAUGGCCAUUUCGCUGCUCAAGAUCAAGAGAGGAUUUGGAAACGAAAGGACAUGAUAGAGUACAUACCGGGUGUGAAGGCAAUAGAACCAAGGGACCUAAUGUCAUACCUUCAAUCGGCUGACACGUCGACGGUGAUGCACAGAAUCAUUUCCAAGGCCUUCGCCGAUGUCAAGAAAGCAGACAUCAUCAUUUGUAACACCGUCCAAGAGCUCGAGCCCGAUGCUCUAUGUGCCCUCAAUGCAGCUCAACCCACCUACUCCAUCGGUCCUGUGUUCCCCACAACCCCAAUCACCACCAGCCUCCUCUUCCAGUCUGAUUGCUCUCACUGGCUCGACUCCAAACCCCCCGCAUCCGUCCUAUACGUUUCUUUCGGUAGCUACGCCCACACCAGUGAGUCUGACAUCCUAGAGAUUGCCCAUGGCCUCAUCCUCAGCGAGGUCCACUUCCUUUGGGUUCUUCGCCCUGAUAUCGUCAGCUCUGACCGACCACUCCCCACCCAUUUCCUGCCCGACGACUUCGGAAAGAGCGGUCGGGGCUUGGUCGUGCCUUGGUGCCGCCAGCCCGAGGUCCUCUCCCAUCCCUCUGUUCGUGGAUUCUUGACCCACUGUGGCUGGAACUCCAUUCUCGAGAGCAUCUGGUGCGGCAUACCAUUGCUCUGUUAUCCCCUCGUCACCGACCAGUUUUCCAACCGAAAACUGCUUGUCAACGACUGGAAGGUCGGGGUCAAUCUUUGCGCCUCAUCUCCCAUUGCCCGCCUCCAAAUCGCCGACAACAUUCGCGCUUUUAUGAGUGAGAGCUACCAUGUAGAGUUGAAGAAGGUUGCCCUACGGUUGAGAGCCACCUUAGCGGAUGCCCUUGCAAUGCCCCCCGCCGCCACCAAUACUGAUAAUAAUAAUAAUGCAGGAGCAACAAUUGCUCCUUCAGGUGCAGGUUCCUCCACCACAAACUUUAAUGCUUUUGUUGAGGAUGUUACCACUCGCUCCACCACCAAGUUGCAACUCCACCACGGGCGGCAACCUAAGCCCAACAGUAUCGACCACUGCUCCGGAUCCUCUACUCAAGCAAUCCCAGCCAAUAUUAGUCUUCACUUUGUACCGCCAAUCAUUACUGCAUGCAAUUCACAUCCAGGGCCGAGAUAGCAACAUCACUCAAGCAUAUAUGCAUACACAUUGAGUACUUGAGUCACACCAAUCCGGCCACUUUCUUACUUUACUCAUAUCACUAGUGUAGCACAAGACCGGGCAUGCCCCGUUAGUGUUAAUUUGAUAUGUGUUCAGAUGAAAAACAUUAAUAAACAUUGUGAGCUAUUUAUAAUAUAUGAUCACGAGUUCGAAGUCUUAUUAAUCUUUGACUAUAGUAGAUUAUGUCCAUUUGUAUUUUACAAUUGACGAAAUAAGGUCUGAUAUGAUAUGAUCUAUUUAACUAUAA